UUUAUUUUAAAAAUCGUGUCUUUAAAAUUUGUUUAAAAAUAUUAAUUUAAUGCUGUUUCAAGAUGGAAAACUUGAUUAAUUUUGAUGAAAACGAGAGUAAAAGUGAAAAUUCUGUGGAACCGACAAAGAAUUUGAACAAAAAUAUCUUCAGACAACAUUUAUUAAUUAAUGAUCGGUUAAGUUUUGAGUUAAACAAUCCAUUUGAUAAUUUGGAGUAUAGAAUCACACAUUCGGAGGAUCCAUUUGAGUGCCUUGAACAUAAUAAACUUGCAACAUCCAGAAAUAGUGAUGAAGCAAUUAAAACCGAUAAGUUGUCAGAUAACGAGCUAUUAGGAUCACUCCUUGGAUCAAUGAAUGCUAAAAUGGAUGUCCUAAAUUCUACAGAUCCAUCGCCUGCAACAUCAACAACGAGUAGUUUCAUUGCUGAUAAUGACUCAGAGUUAUCAACAAGCUAUAAAAAUAAGACAUUAAAGAGAUGUCAAUCAGAUUCCAGCACAGCAUCAACAUCUGAAGAUACAAGUCGAUACAGUUCAGUCGACAAUAUUCUUUCAUCAAAAACUAAUCAACUGCUUAAAUUGAGUUUAUUAAACUCACCAAAUUCUCCUCUACAUUCCUCAUCUCGUACAGCACUCGACGGUUCCUUGAUUGAGACUGUUUUUCAGGAAGCAAAGAAAAUAUCGGAAAAACUAAGCAGUUUUAAUGAAAUGUCAUUUGAAGACUUGAAUAAUAUAAGCCAGCAAUUAGUCGAUACGUCUGCUGUUUCCAUAGUCGAUACAGAUUUAGAGCAGAUGAAAAUCUCAUUUCUUGAAAAUAAUCCUGAAACCUCAAAAUCGAUUCCGUCCAGCACAAAUAAUGAAAAAUCGUCCAACAAUAUUGAGGAUAUUCAUGAAAAGUUGAAGCUUAUUAAGAGGGAAAAGAGCGAUCUUGAUAUAAAGCCAGAAAUUGUUGUGGUAAAAGAGGAGAAAAUGGAAGCGCCACAAACAGGAACAACACAAAAGACUGAUUGUGAUAUCGACGACAUUCUACAAAAUUUUAAAUCAUUAAUGAAGAAUAAUAAUAUGGCUGAAGCAAAGAAGCAAUUAAAGAAAUUAAAUGACUUGCUAGGUGGAAAUGAGACAAGAAAAUCCACACUUCAGGUCCAGCCAAUGAUUCGUCAAGAUACAUUUGAAAUAGAUCAAUCAACUGGAAAGCGUAAAUAUCUUAAUAGCAGCACAAUUGAAGACAAUGAUGCCAGUUCUAAUAACGAAUUAAUGGAACAGCUUGCAAAACUCUUUGGUGCUCAAAGUCUUGAUGUUGGAUCAUUGAAUGUAUCAAAUGAUCACAAUAAUCAGACUAAAUUUGUUGUUAUUAUGCCUAAUAUAACUCCAGCAGUAACUCCUGUAAAGCAGAAUAAUACAACACGUAGAAGUGUUUCAUUUAGUACACAGCGUCCAAACACGACAUUUAAAGGAAUCGAAAAUAAGAAAUUAUCGACUCCAAUGAAACCAUCGACAACAAUUACAUCAAGUGCUGUUAGACGAAGCUCAUAUACAGCUCCACGACCAAUGGCAAAGCCACCUCAUCCAUAUGAGCAGAAACUUCAUAUUGGAACUGUUCGGAAGUCUUUAAUGGACAAAAUGGAUAAAAGUCCAUUAAAAACGAAUGCAAAUGCACAUGUUGCAUCCAAAAAUCUUCCACCACGUCCACCAACAAAUGUUCGUCGUUCUAUAUCAUUAAAAACUAAUAUUCCAGCUGUUAAAAUUAGUGAAGCAUCGCCUGCAAAAAGUCGUCCAACAACAAUGGCUGCACCUAGAACAAGCACAAAUCUACCAAGAUCAAAUUUGUCAACAAAUCGUCGUUUAUCAUCAAUAACUCGUCCAUCCACUGCCAAUCAACAAGGAUUGUUAAGUACAAAUCGACCAGUAACAAGAAAGUCUGAAUUUAAAGCUCCACUAUCAACUCCGCGUAUCUCAUCCAGCAAGGAAAGUAUGGUUUGAGAUUUAAAGCAAAACAUUUGUGAUUAAUUAAACUUAAAUUUCUUAUAUUUUUUUUAAAAAAAAAUCUUUAAUAAAAUUUUUUUUGUCUUCUCUUUAUCGUUCAUCACA